AUGGAAAUUGAGUGGUUCAUGAUCUUCGACAUUGGCAAGUGUAGUCCUGAUACGGGAUGGCCCACCAUCGAAAAGGGGAGAAUGAUAGAGCUCGUGGUUCUUUCCUCAGUCUUCGGAGUCCGGCAUGACACUUUGACGGAUGAAGCGGUGACUGAUCACUCGGAAUUGAAGUAUCCAGCAGAUUUCACGUCCGAGGCGGGCCGAAGCAAGCAUGGCCAGACGAAUCAAGAAUACAUUGGUCUUGUUGAGGGGAGAUAA